GUGAAACGAUGUGCGGAAAUGUCAAGAAAACUGAGGUUUUUCAAGGAUCAAAUCAGCAAAGCUGGUUUGUCAAUUUCUGGUCAUCCCGGGAUGCAACCUGAUCUCGAGUUAGAGGAGUUAGAGGUCCCAACUAUCGAUUAACUUGUGGAGGUACUAAAUUUGGGGGCAUUGUCUUUUAUUAGACCCAGAUGACUUGGGACUUGCUAAAUAGGAUGAGAGCCAUCGAUGAAAAUCCACGCAAGCGGCUACAUAUCUUCCCCAUUUCCCUCCUUUCUCUCUCCUCCUUCUCCCUCCAUUAUCUUCAUCAAUGGCAGAGGUUUCUUUCCAUCAUUUCCCCAAAAAAGACCACGAUUUGUUUGUUGAUCACCAGACCUUCAAACAGAUCCAAUUUUGCUGCCGACGCCAUUGAAGAUUAAAAUAAUCAGAUAAAUUUUGUUAUGGACUUGUUUCAUAACGCGUUGAGCAAUAUCUUGUUGUGGGUGGUUGUGCGUUUUGUCGAACACUGUAAAUGAUUUGAAUUUUGGGGUAUUGGAGGAUAAUGAUGAUCUGGGUGUGAAGUCAUUUUUGGACCGUUUUGUCGGCUUUUUUGCAGUCACAAAACUAACUUUCACUCCAUAGAAUAAUAGUUGUUGAGGAUGGUGGAGGAAGUGGUUUUGACGGCGGAGGGAAGAAAAAGGGGGAACUUACUCUUUACAAUUCUUGAUUUUUCGGCUUUGGAUUGUAAAUAAAUUAAAUGAGAAUUGCUCAUUCAAUUGUUUGCUGUUCUUGUACAGUCAUUGGUAUUCCAGAUUGAGCACCUGAUGAAAACAACCUUUUUCUAUUGCAGGAUAAGACUUCAUUCAUCCCUCUCCAUCUUACACUCCCUCACUUGUCUACAGUUUAGAGACUCUUUGGGGGAUUGGGAUAUUAUUGAUGUUGAUGUAUGAUUAAAUCUAACAAAACAUUUAAAUACCAAACAACACUACUAUACACCUAAGAAUUGCAAAUAUUUUUCGUUACUUGAUCCAAAAAGUUUAGCAUAAGCAAGUUGUAAGAUCAUCAAUGCAAAAUCUCAAACAAGAAAAGGGAAACUAGUAUUGAACAUGCAAUGUCAUAAUUUCUUAAUUACAAAACUAUAUAGAUGAUAAAGAGUGAAAUAAAACUUUAUAUAAGAAGCUACUAGGAUUAUAAAAAAAAAGUUACUAGGGUAAUAUAAUGCAACAGCUUGAGGUACAUAUACUGAAUUUUGUCUUGUAAGGCUUUCUCAGAGCUUCAUGUAGGUUUCAGAAUGACUAACAUUGCUCUUUGAUGUUGUAGAUACGACUUGCUGAGCAUGAACAUGAGCUGAUUGAAACGAAUUCAAACAGUGAGAAGUUGCAGCAGACAUAUAACGAGCUUCUAGAAUUUAAGAUGGUGUUGCAGAAGGCAGGGGCCUUCCUUGUACCAGGAAAGAGUCCUGCAGUUGCAGAAGAAACAGAAUUAGAAGAAAUUCAUUCAAGUGAUGAUUAUGUUGAUACAGCAUCUUUACUGGAACAGGAGAUCCGUGGAACACCAGUACAAUCUGGUAUCCGGUGUAUGUGCGGAAUCAUAUGUAGAUCCAAGGUUCCUAAAUUUGAGAGAAUAUUGUUUCGUGCAACAAGAGGCAAUUUGCUAUUCAAUCAGGCACCAGCUGAUGUUUAUAUUACAGAUCCUACAUCAUCUGAAAUGGUUGAGAAGACAGUUUUUGUUGUAUUUUUCUCUGGAGAGCAAGCUAGAAUGAAAAUUUUGAAAAUAUGUGAAGCAUUUGGUGCUAAUUGCUAUCCUGUUCCUGAAGAGAUAAAUAAGCAAAGGCAAAUUAAUAAGGAAGUUUCCUCACGGUUGGCUGAAUUGGAAGCCACACUUGAUGCCGGGAUUCGUCAGCGCAACAAAGCCCUUGCUGAUGUUGGCUUCCACCUCUCAAGAUGGAUGAAUUUGGUAAGAAGGGAAAAAGCUGUAUAUGAUACCCUGAACAUGCUGAAUUUUGAUGUGACAAAAAAGUGCCUGGUUGGAGAAGGUUGGUGUCCAAUAUCUGCUAAAAGCCAGAUUCAGGAGGCUCUACAGCGUGCAACAUUCCACAGUAACUCACAAGUUGGUAUAAUAUUUCAUGCAAUGGAUACUGUGGAAUCACCUCCAACGUACUUCAAAACCAACCGUUUCACAAAUGCAUUUCAAGAAAUCGUUGAUGCAUAUGGUGUUUCUAGAUAUCAGGAAGCCAAUCCCGCAGUUUAUACUGUAGUCACUUUUCCAUUCUUGUUUGCUGUUAUGUUUGGGGACUGGGGUCAUGGAAUAUGCCUACUGAUGUUAGCGCUGUUCCUCAUAGCCCGAGAAGGCAAGCUUAGUUCACAGAGACUCGGCAGCUUUAUGGAAAUGUUAUUUGGCGGGCGCUAUAUUGUCCUUCUAAUGGCUCUUUUCUCAAUCUACUGUGGGUUGAUCUACAAUGAGUUCUUUUCUGUCCCGUUCCAUAUAUUUGGCCAGUCUGCAUACAAAUGCAGAGAUGCAACGUGCAGUGAUUCUUAUACAGCUGGCUUAGUCAAAUUUCGGGAUCCCUACCCAUUUGGUGUAGAUCCAAGUUGGCGUGGAAGCCGUUCAGAGCUACCAUUUCUAAACUCACUGAAGAUGAAGAUGUCUAUAUUAUUGGGUGUAGCGCAGAUGAAUUUGGGAAUCAUGUUAAGUUACUUUAAUGCACGGUACUUUAGCAACUCAUUGGAUAUAAGGUAUCAGUUUUUGCCUCAGAUGAUAUUUCUCAACAGCCUUUUUGGCUAUCUUUCACUCCUAGUUAUUAUCAAGUGGUGCACUGGAUCUCGAGCUGACCUUUACCAUGUUAUGAUAUAUAUGUUUCUGAGUCCUUUUGAGGACCUUGGAGAAAAUGAGUUAUUCUGGGGGCAGAGACCAUUACAGAUAUUACUUUUGCUACUGGCCAUGAUUGCAGUUCCUUGGAUGCUCUUCCCGAAGCCAUUCAUCUUGAAGAAGCUUCAUUCUGAGAGAUUUCAAGGGCGUACGUAUGGGAUACUCCACUCUUCUGAAAUGGAUCUUGUUGGGGAGCCUGACUCUGCACGACAACAUCAUCACGAGGAUUUUAAUUUUAGUGAAAUAUUUGUGCAUCAAUUGAUACACUCUAUUGAGUUUGUCUUGGGUGCUGUAUCGAACACAGCAUCAUAUCUCCGUCUUUGGGCUUUGAGCUUGGCUCACUCAGAACUAUCAACUGUCUUCUAUGAGAAGGUCCUGCUUCUUGCCUGGGGGUAUGACAAUCUUGUUGUCCGGUUGGUGGGGCUAGCCGUGUUUGCCUUUGCAACUGCUUUCAUACUACUUAUGAUGGAGAGUCUUAGCGCCUUUUUGCAUGCUUUGAGGCUCCACUGGGUGGAAUAUCAAAACAAGUUCUACCAUGGCGAUGGCUACAAAUUUAGACCCUUUUCCUUCGCCAUACUAACAGAUGAGGAUGAUUAAUGUACUUGGUACUUUUUGUAUAUGUUGAUUCUUUUGGAGAUUAGUAUAGGGAAAAAAGAAGGUAUUUUCAAGUCCCAAUAUAAGAAGCUUGACUGGACGUUUACAUAACAAGUUUUGGCUGGCAGACGUUAGGGUGCUUCAGGUGACAAUAUGUUGCAUAGUUAAGAAAAGAGAACCUCACAUGAAUUCUUCAAGAUCUUGAUAAUGUUGUUUAUUAGUCGUGCCGAGGCCGGUAAACCCCCCCCCCCCCCCUCCCCCUGGCGAAAGAAAACUAGUAGCUAAUAGGGAUUUUUGUAAAGAUAGUUAUCCUAUACCGUAUGUAGCUUUAAGGAUAGAUUUUCUUGUUUUGGACUGUGAACUUCUUGCCUCUGAGCUGUAAACUUUCAUAGAGCUAUUGUUGAUAGUUGAUAUUACAUGUAUGAGCCUCUCAUAAAGUAUUAAAUACUAACUGUAUUGUUACAUUACA